AUGCCGCCGCGCCGUAGAAACCUUAACCCACCGGCGAUGCCGAAUGAGCAAUUCAUGGAAGCCAUGUACGCCGCCUUCCAGGGGAUGGCUACUAGAGCCCAAAAUGAACGUCUCGCGGAGGACAGAAAACAGAACUACUUCUGUGAGUACAGGCGUAGUUCAAUUCCUGCAUUCACUAGCGCGGGUGGACCCCAGGAAGCCGAGUAUUGGAUCGAGAAGCUUCAAGAAGAACCUCAGGAGGACCCUAAAGGAGUAACAGAAAAAGCCGUGAUCAAGGGCAAGGUAUUUGCAUAUGAGCUUUUGAUGCAUAGAUUGUUGAGAGAGUAUUUCAUGCUCGUUGAUUAUGCUUCUUGCACAAGCAGAGCGCUUUUCAGGGGUCAUUUUCUUAAUGAUGGUAUUGCAAGUGUGCUGGAGGUUAUUUCUCUUCAUUUCAUUAUAUCAUUUUCUGAUGAGCAAGGAUUUGAGCAUUUCCUUAAUAGAUUAAGUUGCGGAGAUUGCAAGCAUUUUAGAGUUCCUGAUCUUAGCCUGAAUGCGGCUGUAUCACUGCUUUUGAACCCUAUUAUUCUUUCAGCACCAAAAAUGUUCCAGACACAUUUGAUUUUGUUGGUUUUUGAAGCAAUUGGUGUUAGCAUGUCUUCAAAUAUUAGACCCUCCGUCAGACUUAUGGCUAGUUACCUAACUACAUUUGAAAGGUCCGUCAUCUUGUACACUAGAUACAUGUCCACUCUGCUUAUGGAUGGUCAUCCCAUAGGGAGUAAAGAUUCUUGCGCAAAGCAUGGUUCAUUUGGCAGAAGGUAUGAAUCUUCUUUUAAACAUCACAUUCAUGAAGUUACCAAUGUGAAGGUAUGUGAUGUAGUUUGUAAAUCAGAUUCUUUAUGGAGGUCACAUCUGUCCAAUAUGUUUUCUAAAGAAAAACCUGACCUUCUGGCCGAAUCCACUGCAUACAUAAAUGAGAGCCAACAAGGUUUUGAUGAGUCAUGCAAAAAUGAUAUCUCGUCAAUUUUGAACAGCAUACUACUUGGAGCCUUUUUGGACAAUAUAAGUGAUACUGUAUUAUCUCGAAAGGGGGGAACAAGUUCUCAAGAUAUUUGUCUUAUUGCUGCUAUGCUAAAGUUAAUCAGCAGUUCGAUGUCAAUAGUCUUUUGGUGUCUAAGGAAUGCCAAAGACUAUAGUUGUUUGGAAGCCUUAGAAGAUGCUUCGUCAUGCGAGGAGUAUGAUUUUAUCGUGGAUGUUAUUAGCUGCUUGUUAUCAUUAAGUUUUGUGAGUGGGUUUGAUUUGUUGGUGAAAAAUUGUGCAAUUGUGAUUGAGACACUGAUGAAUCUCUAUGUUUUUGAAGAGGGUAAUGUAGUUACAAUGAGAUCAUUACAUGUUUCUGGUUCAGAAUCUUUUUCAUCCAACACUCUUCCUGUCAAAGUUGAAGAGGCCCUGGUGAAACAGAAAUCGAGUUAA